AUGCUUCGAUCUCGUAGUUUUGGCCUUACAACUCGACAAGUGUCGAAAAACAUUCAAACUCGGGGUAAACAUAGCCUAACCGGUGAUGACUAUCAGUAUCUCCAUAAAAGUGAAAUUCCGUCGUAUCAUUUCCAAAAAAGUUUGAGACGCUUACCAAUCCCGAAGCUUCAAGAUUCUGUGAAUAGAUUUUUGGCAUCUGCUAAAGUUGUGUUGCGAAGCGAUGUUUACGAAAAAACCGAGAAAUCAAUUAGAGAGUUUGAGAAAAAUGAGGGUCCAGCACUCCAAUCGGGAUUACUGGAGUAUGACAAAAACCACAAAGAUACAAGCUACAUAUCCGAACCAUGGUUCGAUAUGUACUUGAGGGCUCGAGUUCCUGUAGCAGUGAACUACAAUCCAUUUAUGAUGUACGCUCCAGAUCCGGAUCCAAAGUUCAAUCAUCAGCUUACACGAGCCACAAAUCUUGCCAUUUCCUAUGCUCGUAUAAAGAGAUCAUUGGAUGAAAACGUGUUGGCUCCAGAAGUAUUUCACUUGAAUCCCAAGAAAAGUGACACGAAAUUAUUUCGAACUGUUUGCAAGACUCUCCCCCCAAGUCUCUCGUGGUUCGGAGCAGUUGCUUUCAAAGCAUUCCCACUGGAUAUGAGUCAAUAUAAGUCUCUUUUCUGCGGUUCUCGUAUUCCUAAAAAGGAAAAAGAUGUCCUUUAUUUGGAUAACACUCAAAAGCAUUUCUUGGCUAUCUAUCGCGGUGUUCCAUACGCUGUCCGCAUUCAAAAUGAGAAAGGUGAAAUUCUGCCCGCAGAGGAAAUUCAAGCGUCACUUGCUCAUAUUCUCAAUAAUGGUACUGAAGCACCGGCAAAUUCUUGUGUUGGUUCGCUUACAUCUUUGGAAAGAGAUGAAUGGGCUGAUGCACGAAGAGAACUAGAAGAUGCCGGCAAUAUUGAAAGUCUCAAAUUGAUUGACGGAGCGAUGUUUGCAUUGUGUCUAGACGAAUUGAAAACAGAAGACCAUAAGAGACUCGUUCAAUCGCUGCUUAUUGGCGACGAGGCCAAAAAUCGUUGGUUUGAUAAAUGUUUUCAAACUAUUAUCGACGCGAAUGGACAGGCCACAAUCAACUUUGAGCAUUCUUGGGGUGAUGGUGUUGCUGUUCUUCGCCUUAUGGAAGAAUCAUAUAGAGACACAAACGCAAAUCAUUUUGUGAGUCCUGAUGAUACCCCUAUAGCCGCCAAUCCAGAAAACGUUAAAGAAAUUAAAUUCAAUCUGACUGAUUCGAUCAAAUCGAAAAUCGAGGAAGCUCAGAAAAAACAUGUUUUGAGUAACUCUGACCUUGAUUUUGCAACUAUGGAAUACUCUGGAUUGAAUCGUGACCUUAUCAAAAAGACUAUGUUGUCUCCAGAUUCUGUUAUGCAAUUGGCUAUUCAGAUGGCUUUCUAUUCAAUGUAUAAGGAGUUCGUGCCAACUUAUGAAUCAUGUUCUACUGCUGCUUUCCUUAAGGGGAGAACCGAGUGCAUGAGAUCAGCAACAUCUGCAACACGUGCUGCAACAUUGGCUAUUCUUGAAGAAGGCAAAACCGAUGUUCGAUCACUUCUCACUGAAUGUUCCAACAUUCAUGGACAGCUUGUGAAAGAAGCCUCAAUGGGUCAAGGAUUCGAUCGGCAUCUAUUGGGUCUAAAAAUCACUGCUCAGCGUCAAGGAAAAGGGCUUCCUGAAUUCUUUAAUGAUGCUGGAUACAAUCGAAUGGGACAUUUUGUCCUUUCAACUAGCACUUUGUCAACCGAGACUAUUGUUUUCGGUGGAUUCGGACCUGUUGUUAAAGAUGGUUUCGGUAUAGGCUACAAUGUAGUGGCGUCAAAACUAGGCGCUGUUAUCUCGAGUAACAAGUCUCAACGCGAUGCUGCUGCAUUUGCGAACGCAUUGCAUAAGAUCGAAAAAAUGACGGACAAUGGAUGUCCGUCAACGCGUGCAGAAAUGGUGGAGGCGGCAAGGAAGUUUAUGCUAACUCCAAAGGUUCGAGAAACUCCGUUCGAGGAACAACGGACAUUUUUAUUAGGAAAAGGUGUUACUGAAGCCGAAAUAGCUGAGGCCCGAGCUUCAAUUCCACCAGAGCAGCUUCAGUCGCAAAUUCAGCACGGAAACGGUGUUCAAUAUUUGCCAGCCCCGCCGUCACAACAGAAUCGCAUAGUCUCCAUUGCUCAAUCCGCUGUUAUUCUCGGAUCGAUCUCAUAUGCAGGAUAUCGAUUCAUGCGUUCAUUUAUUCUUCCCAAAUUCUUUGAUAUUCCCGAUCCAGCCACUGAAGAGAUUCGUCAGCUUCAGUCGCAAGUCAAUGAUCUUCAAAAUUCGAUCAAGUUUAUUAUGGAUACGGUUUCGCAAACAACUCAACAGCUUGCAACUCAGCAAGCAGAAAUUACUCGCGCUUUGUAUUCGGUUAGCAGUCGAGAUGCCGAUUUGAGUAGAGUUGAAAGUGGCAUUAGUACUAUUAAAAGCCUUCUACUCAGUCAGCACAAUUUUGCCCCCAUCGCAGCUCCAGCAGUAUCCAGCAUUCCAGCUUGGCAACAGAGCGCAAUUCCAACAACAUCAGCUUCCAUUACCACUAAUACAACAAGUGAAAGUGCUUCUGGAUAUGCAACUCCACCAGCAAAUUUCCGUGAUAAUGAGCCGAGUGGAAUAUCUUUAAUGGACGAACUUGCGAAUGUUUCGAUCGAUGAAAAUGACCAUGAAAGAAAAACGCCAGUUUAA